GAGUUUUGAUUUUAUAUUGUGAGGGGCGCCAACACUAACCCUAGAAAUUUCAGCGAUGUAAUAAAAACUGUCAGAUCCGUAGAAUCCACUUCACACUCUGCUGCAGAUUCUUCGCAUUUUAUCUCAAUCAUCCCUUCUUCUAUCCAUCUGUCUCUCUUCAUCUCAUCUAUCCAAGUAGUAAAAAUUUCAGAUAAGGGUCUGGCCUUCUAUUAUUAUGUCAUCUGUUCUAGAUUCUUUUGCAUUAUUGAAUUUGAAAAUGUAUUCUGAGGUUAUUCAGAAAAGGGGAGUCCUUGAAAGAGUUACAGGAUUUGGCUUGGGUAUUCUAGUGUACACUGCAAUAAAAACAUUAAAUUAGCUUCUUUAAACCUUUUCACUGAAUGGGGAUUUGGAGUUGGGUUUUUGAAGUGUGAUAGAAAAUGUCAAAUGCCCGUGUUGGUCCAAGUGGGCUCCACCUGAAGAAGGAGCUUACUGCUCUUAGAAAAGCAAGGUUCUUACGUGACCCAGAAACUAGUUCGUCUUGGAGGUCUCCUUUGAGUCAUGGCUCGCUAGCUGCUAGAUAUGCUUGGAACUAUGGUAAUGGUGCCGGAGGAAGCUCUAAUGAUGCAAAAACCCCCGUUGGCUUGUCAGAACUUGACUCUAGUUUGCCUCCAAGAAGCGCAAACAACCGGAAAAAGGUGUUCCUCUACAAUUGGAGGCAUCAAUCUGGCAUGUCCAGUGACAGUGGGGUGAAAUUGGAUAGGGACAACAGGACCGGAUCUGCUCCAGGAAGUCCUGAUGACAGCUUGAGCGAUGCUCAAAAGGGAGAUUCUAGGAGCGACACAUAUCUUGAGGACCCCAUAGUGGUCUUUAGAGCGAGAGAGGGAAGCACCGCGUCACAAACAAGAAGAGUGGCUAGGAAAUUGAAGAAAAAUACCAUCUCGAAACAACGCUUUAUCAGAAACUCCAUAAUUUCAAAGCACUUGGAUCUUCCAUCCAGCUCUUUAGGAGUUCUUUCUGUUGGGCAGUCUGAUGAUACAGAGUACUGCAACUCCGAGGAUUUACAGCUUUCAGUGCAAAAGUUUGGUCAGAAAACGGGAUACACUUCAUGCUCGGCGUCACCAUUAUUGUCUGGAUAUGAGAAUUGGUCCUACUCAUCCAAAGUAUUAAAGAAAACCAGAAGGGCAGACUCAUCUUAUUCCUAUACCCCUGCAUCAACUAGUUCUUUCAAUAGAUAUGGAGACCAAUACCCCAGCACUGUUGGGUCUUGGGAUGGUACUACAGCUUCUUUCGAUGAGGAUGAAUUGGAUCAUUUAGAUUUACCUAGAAGCCAAGGAUGUGGAAUUUCUUGCUAUUGGUCGAAAAGAACAAAGCACAGGGGCUGUGGAGGUUGUUAUUCUCCUUCACUUUCUGAUACCCUAAGGAGAAAAGGAAGUAGCAUUUUCUGUGGAAGCCAGUCACUAUAUCCUAAACAAAGACCAUUGCCUUCACACAAGCAGAAACGUUUUUCAAAAACUUCCAACAGUCUUCCCUUGUUGACUAACAGUCACGGUGGUGGAGGCUCAUCUAUAGAUACAGCAAGUGAUGAGCUGUCAACUAACUUUGGGGAGCUUGACUUGGAAGCUUCGAGUCGGUUGGAUGGAAGGAGGUGGUCAAGCUGCAGAAGCCAAGAAGGACUAGAAUUAGCAUUAACUAUGGGAGUGGAUGAAGCAACAGAUCAUAGAAGCUUGAGCCAGAAAUAUAGGCCUAGGUCUUUUGAUGAAUUGAUUGGUCAGAAUAUUGCUGCCCAAUCACUUAAAAAUGCCAUUGCAAGGGGAAGGAUUGCCCCUGUGUAUCUCUUUCAAGGUCCUCGUGGAACGGGGAAAACAUCAACGGCAAGGAUAUUUGCAGCGGCUUUGAAUUGUCCGUCCACCGAUGAAGCCAAACCAUGCGGGUUAUGUAGGGAAUGCACUGAUUUUGCCUCUGGAAAGAGUACAAAUGUGAGGGAAGUGGAUGCUACCAAUAAGAGCAGGUUAGAUAGAGUAAGGCACCUGUUGAAGAAGUUGUCUGUUGCUCCGCCAUUUUCACAGUACAAAGUCUUCAUUAUCAAUGAAUGCCACAUGUUACCAUCCAAAGCAUGGUCGGCAUUUCUGAAGUUCCUUGAAGAACCACCAUCACGGGUUGUCUUCAUAUUUGUAACUAUUGAUCCAGACAGCUUGCCUCGUACCGUUGUGUCGCGGUGUCAAAGAUACCUAUUCCCCAAGAUCAAAGAUGCUGAUAUAGUGACCAGGCUGAAGAAGCUUUGUGCUGAAGAAAAUUUGGAUAUUGAAGCAGAUGCUCUGGAUCUAAUUGCAUUGAAUUCUGAUGGUUCACUUCGAGAUGCAGAAAUGAUGUUAGACCAAUUGAGUUUGCUGGGCAAAAGAAUCACCACAUCUCUAGUAAAUGAUCUUGUUGGAGUUGUUUCAGAUGAGAAAUUACUUGAUCUUUUGGAGUUAGCCAUGUCAUCAGAAACUGCAGAAACAGUUAAAAGAGCCAGAGAACUGAUGAAUUCUGGUGUUGAUCCGAUUGCCUUGAUGUCUCAAUUAGCAGGCCUCAUCAUGGAUAUUAUUGCUGGAACUUACCGGCUGGUUGAUUCAAGAUGCAGUGCUUCAUCUUUUGGUGGGAGAAGUUUGACUGAAGUAGAGUUGGAGAGAUUAAAGCAAGCUCUAAAGAUUCUUUCAGAAGCUGACAAGCAGCUAAGGGUUUCAAGUGAGCGCUCAACAUGGUUUACUGCAGCUCUGCUACAGCUCGGUUCUGGGUGUUCACCAGCACCUACAUACUCGAGCAGCAAUAGCAAACAAACACAGAAGAAGGUGAAAGCAGGUGAACUGGACACUGGCAUGGAAGUUUUGGCAUAUGGGAAGAAACCUGAUGGUUCACAUGCAUUGUGGAAGUCUCGUUCAGCUUCAAUGCUUAGAACAGUCGAUGGCUAUAGUAGCCCUCUUGUCGAUCCAUCAUCCAGCAGAUCGAUGGUAGAACACUUCAGUUUAAAUUCCUUGCCCCCAAGCAGUCAAUUCGAGGAGGGCAGUGCACUGGCUGCCGCUCGUAAAGAUACUACAGCUGGAAAUAUGGUUUUUGGAUCUGUGAGCCCAAAUAAAUUGGAUGAGAUCUGGAGAAGUUGUAUAGAAAGGUGCCAUUCAAAGACAUUGAGGCAGUUGUUAUGCACCCAUGGAAAGCUAGUGUCGAUUUCAGAAUAUGAAGGUGUUUUCAUUGCAUAUAUAGCAUUUGGGGAUGGAAAUAUCAAAUCCAGAGCUGAGAGAUUCUUGAGCAGCAUCACAAAUUCAUUUGAAAUAGUUCUGAGACAUGAUGUGGAAGUCAGAAUAGGACUUAUGCGAGAUGAGGAAAAUUCUAUAAAAGCAUCAAAACCAGUGGAGAUGCAGCCAGAAUCCAUGGCCCAGAAGCAGAUGGAAAUGGUCGGGGUGAUGGAUAAGGAGAGGAAAGAGGAUUGUAAUCAAUUUAAUGGUCCUGAUGAUCAGGACCCACACAAAGAACCCCUCAAAGUACACAGAAAAAGCUUUAGUGAACCUGAGGGCAUGGUGCGAAGAAUGUUAGAUCCGUGUGAUGGCUCUUUGGUUCCAGAUGAAAGCUUCCGAACGGCAACUGCAGCUAUCUUCUCCACAGAAGGAAAUAAUGAAGUAUGCAGCACAGAGGAGAAAAGUCAGGAAAUUCCAAUGCAAAUGAUACGCUCGGCCAUUGAUGAGCAGAGGCUGGAGAGCGCAUGGCUACAAGCUGCAGAAAAAAGCACACCUGGAUCAGUUAGUCGGUUGAAACCUGAGAGGAAUCAAGUACUGCCACAGGAUGGCAUCUCCCAUCAGGAGGAAAUGGCAUCUGUGAUGGCAUUGGCCGUGUCCUCCAAGCAUUGGGAGGAUGAACUUAACCAUGAUAUUAAGGCCUUGAAAAUUAAUCAAGGCCAAGACCAAGUGGACCAGAGCACCAAACGGGCUGAUCACUAUGCCAUGUCUCCAAGCUUAUUGCAUAGUAACAGCUUUGUGGCCAGUUUCGACAAAGAGAACCUGGGAUAUGAAUCAGGACCCGGCUGCAAUGGACUUCUUUGUUGGAAAACCACCAAACCAUAUAAAGGAAAGGUUAAUCAAGGAACCCCCAUUCGAUCUCAUAAGCCUGGGCGACUUCUAUGGUUUGGGCAACGUGGGAAGUCCAAGACAAUGGAAAACAGAUUCAGAAGAUAAGCAGGUGGAAUUUGGAGAUUUGUAUUAUCAUAUGCACAAGCAUCAUUCAUUCAUAUGAAAUUUUCUGUAUAUUUUGAAAUUGAGCUGUUCAUCAAAAGAUGCAAGAAGGAACUUGCGAGGCUGUCAUCUGCUUCUGUUUUUGAUAAUUUUCAAUGCCAAUUUUCAUGAGAUGAAAUAAAUAAAAAUGGAGGAAAGGUGAGAUCA